UUAUCUGCUUUUUUUCUUUGCGAGAUCAUGCUAAAACAUUGCUUCUUUCAGAUCUUGAAUAUAUAUCUGGACAUGAUAUCAUGUAAAGUAGUUUAACGAUUAUAUUGUCAAAAUGUGUUUCUUUAGAAAGACACAUAUAAUGUGUCUUUAUAAUGUGUUGAAGUCAAAGUAUAUUGAAUAGUUUUACAGUUUGUUGUCCUCAAGGUUUCAAUUAUCAAUCCCUGCUACUCCAAUUGACCACUGCAAUGACAAAAAGGUUAUCUAAUAAAUAACAUGACAACUUCUACUGUCCCAUAGUCUUAAGUGAUUUUGAAAAAUGCCAGUUCAUGGAUUACUUGUACAUGGUACAUUUGGAACUUGUACACUUUAGCACCCAGUCAUUUAUUGACAAUAUUCUUAAUGCUUGGCCUACAACAUUUAUCACGUUAAAAGAAGGCAAACUUACAACCCAAUGACAUGGUUUACCAUAAGACAUCCAUGUCUCCUUGUGUAUGACAGGAAACAGCUCUAUCAUAACAGUGGUGAGGGCAGGAUAUGAGGGGAUGUCACAACAAGCCCAUGUUGGUUACAAUAGGCAAGGAAACCGGUUCAUGAUACAUAAUAUCAUACGAUAAAUUCUAACUGAAUUGAUAGGAUAAAUAACACCCCAGGGUCAUGGAUCAUAAAUCAACAAUUAUUGUUUUCGAAUGGUUGUGAUUGCAUUAAUGAUACUCCUUCCCGUAAGUAAAUGAAUGCUUGACACUAAACUGCUCAAACCUCUGGUCAUAAUAUUAUGUUUAGAUUCCUGUAAUACUGUAAGUAUACGCAUCAUGUUGGAAUAUUGGCCUUUAUUAUACACCAAGGGAUACACCAGGACAUCCACAUGACUACAUGUGUGUUGAUACAUAUACAUGUGUGUUAAACACACACACAGUACUUCCAGGACUGUAGCCAGGACUUUCACUUGCAGAGGAGGAGGGGGGACUGCUGUCUUCCAGCAGAUUGUCUUAUCAGGCCCUGGCAUGGUGGUUCCCAGCCUAGCUGAUAGGAGGAACUAACCAGACCAACGGCACGGCGGGCGGGCUUCAAAUGUACCAAGAGUCCAUCUAUGAAAAUCCCCCAAACAACUCAUUCACUGUCAGCGGGCUGGCACUUCGGAGGGUGGUGAAGCAGAAUCUAGCCUCUGUAGUAGUUAUGUUUAUAGUAUAGGUAUAGUAAAAUGAUUGUUCCUUCCUGGAUGUUUUCAAGUGGUUGACAUAUUGUUACUGGAAGUAAGGGUAUGUCAUGUACUUUGAAUUGCUGAUAUCUCAUCUCUCAUCCCCAGGAGGGUUCGCUGUAACGAGAGUCUGUCCUGAAUGUGUUCGACAGCCAACUAUCUGCUCCCUUUGAGGAGAAACUGUGAGGUACUGGCUGCCCCGGGGAGGCUGUACGGGGGAACGUCCAUGCUAACCAGCGCCUCUGGAGCCAGAUCACAUGGAGGCCCCCAGGACACAGACAUGGACUUGGCCUGGCAGGAACUGAUGGCCAUCACAGAGCUGCAGGAGUUCCAGGUUCCUGGUGAGGGUCCUUAUGAGGCCGUCCAGUACCACCCAAUGGAGACAAUAGUGCCUCUGGGAUCGUUUGAGGUUGGUCAGACGCCCCAGCCCCUCUCCUCUGGCUGUGACCUCAACUCUGUGGCCACUGCUUUCCAAGGAUCCUACUCUGAUGUGAUGCCAGCCUGCCAUCGACUAGGCACCGAUGCUGAGAGACAGUACGUGCAUUCUGGUUCUCAGCUCAAUGCCCGGCCACUGCCCGCUCCUUCUAAUCUCCUGCAGCCUCCACUGACCAUGUGCCUGCUGGACCAUGUGAACCUGCCAUGUGUUGGCGAGGGGCAUGGGAAAGACAGUGCCGGCCUCACGCAGGGUAUUAGUUGCCAGAUGCCUGGGAGUCUUCUACAUGGACAGACUGAACAUACACAGGCAGGUGAUGAUCUGGAAUCAGACUCUGGUCUUUCCCUGGGCUCCAGUCCUCCUUUGGCCUCUCCAGAAAACGCCAUGACUGGUGUAGCUGUAUACCAGGGCACAAACAUUGCCCUAAACUUCAAUGAUGGAGAGAUGGAGAGUAUGGGUGAGGGGAGUAGGAGAGGAGGCGUUUUGUACCCAAUAGACUAUCAGCACCCCAAUGAGUCUUACCAUUACCAUGGAGCCUCAUCUUCCUUCUUCUCAUCACAGCCAGGUUCAACCCCCCCACACACACACCCUCACCUACAGCCCUGUGGGCCUUCGAAACAGCAGCAAACUCUCUCUAGUGCCUUAUCUGACUUGUAUUCAAACACAUCUGGUGUCGCCAGCAGAGGGAGCUCCUGCCAGGCUCUGUAUGUGAAGCCCAGGGGGAACUCUGCUUCCACGGCUGCUGUUCAUCUGAGCAGAGAUGAGCGUCGCGCUCUGGCCUUGAAGAUCCCUUUCCCUCUGGAGAAGAUCAUCAACCUACCGGUGGACGACUUUAACGAACUCCUUACCCAGUAUACCCUGGCAGACUCUCAGCUGGCACUGGUCCGUGACAUCAGGCGGCGCGGAAAGAACAAAGUGGCAGCUCAGAACUGCAGGAAGAGGAAGCUGGAGAACAUUGUCCAGCUGGAGGGGGAGUUGGGCCAGCUCCAGGCCCAGAGAGACCACCUGGCACGGGAGAGGCUGGAGUUCCAGAGAAGCCUGUCCAUGGUGCGAUGCCGGCUUACGGACUUGUACACUGAGGUUUUCUCUCAGCUGAGAGACGAGGAUGGACACCCCUACUCUAUUGAAGACUACACUUUGCAACAGAGCCCCGAUGGCAACAUAUAUUUAGUGAUGCGCAACUCAAUGCUGGAUGGAGAAUGAUUCACACUGCUUUUUUCUCUUACUGACAUUUUUCCAAGUCAUUACUUUGUCAUGACAGUAUAAUACAGACCUGUGUGUCUGAAAUAAAUUCAAUUUAAAUGUUCAGAACUAGACCUUGGGAAUGGCCGUUACAGAAAUUGUUUAAACUGUUCAGUAGCUACAUUUAGUAUGCAUUUGAAAUACCGCAUUGGUGCCCAAUUUUACUUGUACAUCUGUAAAUGUGUCAGGUCAAUGUACAGCUACUCCACAAUACAUCUAGCCUGGGAACCAGACCAAUCUGCAAACUCACGUUUUAUUCCUCUGGCCAUCCUCCCAUUCAAACUGAUUUACCUACGGCAUGGAAACUACCGGGCACCAGUAUUUCUAAUAUGGAGCAGGUCUGAUGCACUUUGUUGCAUCCAUCCAGACAUGUUGAUAACCCUUUUUAUAUUAUAAAUGUAAUGAGAUUAUACCUCAUUAAAUUUUUGAAAGGGGCAAACAGAAUGUGCUUGGUGAUGCAAUCAGGUUCAAGACUAGUACGUAUUCAAAACAUUGUCUGGCAAUAAAAGGCUACCAUUUCAGCGUUCUUUAUAUAGUUCCCUUUGCAGUAAUAAAACAGUUAUGGCUUAAAUAAGAACACAUUUUGUAUAAAAAAUAAUUUAUUGAUAAAAAGUUUAAAAAGUAUGCACAGCAAAUAUAAAAAGUGUAACAUCUCCCAUCGCUCACCCUGCAAGAGAAAAUACAUUUCAGAAAAUGUCUUCUUGUGACAUACACUUAUUGAAAGAUGACUUAUACGUGCUGAAAGACUACAAACUUGACAGGUUAUACCUCAUUAAACGGUUACAGGGGCGAACAGAACGUGCUUGGUUGUGCACUCCACAGGUCAGACAUCUGGCUCCUGAAAGGCAGAAAGGAAGACGUAAGAACGACAGAACUUCAUGAAAAGCGACGUCAGAAAGAUAAGUCAGGAGUUGCGUUUACACCAGCAUGCAUUACAAAUUUAAACAACGUUAUGAAAAAGUUCAGGCCCAUUCUUUUUUUUUUUUACAUAGUGGGGCAUUGGUGUCAAAAUCUGACAUGGUCAUUACGACUGCUACUCAUGACUAAACAAGUGCUUACUCUACCAACUACAGAACAUGAUAUUUAACAGAACUAACAGUAGGUGAAAAUUCUGGUCUUACCUACAGAGCGCAUUUUAGCCCUUUGGUAGCUGCUGCUUGCUAGUCUCACAUGCCUUCUGUACUCACUCUCCCCUGCUUGUCUGCUCCUGGACGUGGACUUUGCUACGUCUCUCCCUCAGCUGGCUUCCAUGGCUAGCCUCAAGACUUUGCAUGUAAGCUAGCCUCCUCCGGAUGAGCUUGCCCAAACCACCCAGGUGUGCUUCAGUCUCAGUGCUGGGGCUCACUGUCGACACUACCUCUCCAGUGUGAGACCAGACGCAUCAGGAGUACUCCCAUGCUAUGGAACCACUCACUCUGUUCUCCCCACUCACUUGACUUCU